UGGUCGCAGCCCGACAUUGGCAACUGGCUGCACUCCCUGCGUCUGGGCGCCCAUGCGUCUACCUUUGCAGCGCACGACAUCACCGGCGCCGUGCUGCUCGAUGUCGAGCAGGCCGAGCUCAAGGAGAUGGGCAUCACCUCCAUCGGCGACCGCAUCCGCGUCUUUACCGCCAUCAAGAAUCUCAAGAAGCGCUGUGCC